CGUUUCGCAACUCGUCGCCGAUGCAGGCCACGGCGUGGAGCCAGCGCGUCCACGUGUGCGACCGCGUCUUGUAUGUCGAGUGGUGGCAACGACCGCCGGCGUCGUGGUGGCCGACGCGCCGCCUCGUACCGUACGAGCUCCAACUACCUACGUCGCUGAGCCUUGGCCACGUCGUGCGCACGGCCGGCGCUAUUGACACUGCGUCCAAGGCGCUACCACCCGACCACACGCUCUGCAUUUCGCUGCUCGCAGACGCGCAGGCGCAUCGGGCCAAGGCCAUUUGCGUCAUUGGAGCGUGGCGCCUCCUCUUUCACAGCACGACGGCGGCCGUCGCCCACGCGCCCUUUGAACACUUGUACUUGCCACCCGACCCGUUUUCAUCGUCCCCGACGUUUCCGCUGCACGCACUCGACUGGCUACAGGGCCUGGAGAAGGCGGCCAGUCUCGGCUUUGUCUCGGCCAAUCUCGACGUCGACGAGAUCGAGCGCUGCGCGAGCGGUGACCACGGGGCCAUUACGUGGUCGUGCAAGAAACUCGCGGUCUUUCAGCCGUCGUCCUUGGCACUGAGCCCCUACAUACCGUAUUUUCAAAAGCACAAUACGCGCGUCGUGAUUGCGCUCGAGCGCCCGACGUGCGUUGAUGUGGUCGGCGUCGAGUACCUCGACAUGACGUGCGAAGGCGAGUCGUGGGACUCGCUCUUCAAUCGGUUCCUUGAGGCGGUCGAGAGCAGUCACGGCACGGUCGCGGUUCACUGCAGCUCGGGCUUGCACCGGUCGCAGACAUGCGUCGGCGGCUUCCUCAUGCGAACCUACGGCUUCUCGGCGCGCCAAGCCAUUGCGUGGAUACGCCUCGUGCGCCCGGGCUCGCUCGCGCCAUCGCACGUGCACGCGCUCGAGGCGUGGGAGCGCGUCUGGUCGGGCAAGUCCCAACCCGAGAUGGAGUCGGCGCUCACCGUGCACAUUGGCUCCAUGACGCUUGGCACGAGCCUCUUUGCCAAGGACGCGGGGAAAGCCAAGAAGCGACGCGACUCGAUGAAGCCGCUCACACCGCUCGAAGGCUCCGAGUCGUUGGCACCGCGUCAAAUCUUGCGCGUCGGGUCCACCCCGAAUCGGUCCCGACUGCGCUUAUGACCAGCCUCCACGUACACCACCUUAGCAUGCCUGUCGCUUCCCUUAAUGAUAAUACAGUCCCCGUACUACAAGCCA